CAUAAAAAGGCAAGAAAAUAUAUACAUAUAUUUCCCCACAUUUUUAUUUUCAUUUAUCUCUCUAUCUCACCAACUCAAACAAACCCAAACAAGUUCCUCUCCCCAUUUCGUCUUCUUCAUUCUGACGUUUACUCUUUUUAGAUCUAAUUUAUCCAUGGCUUCCUGUAAUCACUAGUAGUGACUCAGUCGAUGUGUGUUGAAGAAAAUUAGGGUUUUAGAUCACUCAAAAUAUAUGGCAACUUUGAACCCUUUUGAUUUGUUGGGUGAUGAUGUUGAGGAUCCGAGCCAGUUCGCCGUUCCCAUCGAGAAAACUGAUAAGUCCAAGAAAUCUGGACCUGUUUCGGGCUUGCCUGCUAAGUCAACUCCUAAGCUUCCCUCUAAGCCACUCCCUCCUGCUCAAGCCGUGAGAGAGGCAAGGAGUGAUGCUCCGCGUGGUGGAGGCCGUGGAGGAUUUAGCCGUGGUCGUGGUGGUUACAACCGUGAUGAUGGUAACAAUGGAUAUUCAGGAGGAUACUCUAAACCCUCGGAGGAAGGAGGCGUUUCUAAGUCUUCUUACGAGAGGCGUGCUGGUGGUGCUGGUGGUGGUCCUCGUGGUUCUUUCCGUGGAGAAGGUGGAGGUGGUGGUCGUCGUGGUGGAUUCAGCAAUGAGGGUGGUGACGGUGAACGUCCUCGAAGGACAUAUGAGCGUCGCAGUGGAACUGGCAGAGGGGGUGACUUCAAGCGUGACGGAUCUGGUCGUGGGAAUUGGGGAACUCCAGGGGAAGAUUUAGCUGCUGAGACUGAAGCAGUACCUGGUGUUGACACUGAAAAGGCUGUUGGGGAGACGCCAGCUGUUGAUGCUGAUGCUAACAAGGAGAACACUGCUGAAGUUGAGGAGAAAGAGCCUGAGGAUAAGGAAAUGACUCUUGAUGAGUAUGAAAAAAUACUAGAGGAGAAGAAAAAGGCACUUCAAUCAUUGACCACCUCUGAGAGGAAAGUUGAUACCAAAGUGUUUGAAUCAAUGCAACAACUGUCAAACAAGAAGGCUAAUGAUGAAAUCUUCAUCAAGUUGGGUUCUGAUAAGGACAAACGCAAAGAUGACAAAGAAGAGAAGGCUAAGAAGGCUGUGAGCAUCAAUGAGUUUCUGAAGCCAGCUGAGGGUGAGAACUACUACCGAGGAGGUCGAGGUGGCCGUGGACGUGGUGGUCGUGGUCGUGGCCGUGGAGGUGUUUCUAGUGAAGAGCAUGGUGGUUACCGUAAUGAAGCUGCGCCAGCCAUUGGAGACACUGCUCAGUUCCCAUCUCUCGGGGGCAAGUAAGAUCUAUCUACGAAAACGUCGAAGCUCAUGCAGCAUCGUUAAAGGAUAUUGUGCGAGGGUUUACUGUUUACCGGGUCUCUCGUUGUCAGGUGUAAUUGUUUAGGUGUCGUCAGUUUUUAGAUUUUAUGCAAACUUACGCCUGAUGGUUUUUGUUUACUUUUGAAAACUACACUCUUUUGUGUUUACCAUUUUAGUCUUUUUAGUUGUUUUCUUACUUAUGAAACAUGUUUUGAGACAAGACAUACUUAAAUGUUAUGGGUUUUGAGUC